CGAAUGACAAAACCUACGCAAACCGCACGGGUCUUCUCUCUUCCGUAAACCCUAGACAGGGCCGCUGCCGAGCCCAACAUCAGGACUCUCCCCUCAAAUAUAUCCCAGAACUUCAAUUUCAUCUUUUUGUUUCUCAUCCGUUGAUUUCGAUUGCAAAAUAAACUAAAAAGAUGGUUCAGUAUAAUUUUAAGAAGAUCACUGUGGUCCCAAGUGGGAAGGAUUUCAUUGACAUUAUCCUCUCGCGAACGCAAAGGCAAACACCAACAGUUGUACAUAAGGGAUAUGCCAUUUCUCGUCUGCGUCAGUUUUACAUGCGCAAAGUCAAGUACACCCAGCAGAAUUUUCAUGAGAAGUUAUCUACAAUUAUUGAGGAGUUUCCACGACUGGAUGACAUCCACCCAUUCUAUGGUGACCUCCUCCAUGUCCUCUACAACAAAGACCAUUACAAGCUUGCCCUUGGUCAAGUAAACACUGCCAGGAAUCUCAUUAGCAAGAUAGCUAAGGAUUAUGUGAAAUUGUUGAAGUAUGGUGACUCUCUUUAUCGGUGCAAAUCUCUGAAAGUUGCUGCUCUUGGUCGCAUGUGUACUGUGAUUAAGAGGAUUGGCCCUAGUUUAGCUUAUCUGGAGCAAAUAAGACAACAUAUGGCAAGGCUACCUUCAAUUGAUCCCAAUACUCGAACUAUUUUGAUUUGUGGGUAUCCUAAUGUAGGCAAGAGUUCUUUCAUUAACAAGAUCACUAGGGCUGAUGUGGAUGUCCAACCUUAUGCAUUCACUACUAAGUCACUCUUUGUGGGUCAUACAGAUUAUAAGUACUUGAGGUACCAAGUCAUUGAUACACCAGGGAUUCUGGACCGACCUUUUGAAGAUCGUAAUAUCAUUGAGAUGUGCAGUAUCACAGCUCUGGCACAUCUACGAGCUGCUGUGCUGUUCUUCUUGGACAUCUCAGGAUCAUGUGGCUAUAGCAUUGCCCAACAAGCUGCUCUAUUCCAUAGUAUCAAGUCUCUAUUUAUGAACAAACCUUUGAUCAUUGUCUGCAACAAGACUGAUUUGCAGCCACUUGAAGGGAUAUCUGAGGAAGACAAGAAAUUGGUCUUGGAGAUGAAGGCAGAAGCUAUGAAAACUGUGAUUGGUCAAGGAGGUGAACCUACAAAUGGUGAUGGUGUGCUUUUGACAAUGAGCACUUUGACUGAAGAGGGUGUGAUUGCCGUGAAGAAUGCAGCUUGUGAAAGGUUACUGGAUCAGCGAGUGGAAUUGAAGAUGAAAUCUAAAAAGAUAAAUGACUGCUUAAAUCGGUUCCAUGUUGCAAUUCCAAAGCCACGUGACCAGAAAGAAAGGCCACCUUGUAUACCUCAGUCAGUUUUGGAAGCUAAGGCAAAGCAGGCAGCACAGAUGGCAGAGAAGGAAAAGAGAAAAACUGAAAAGGAUUUGGAAGAUGAAAAUGGUGGUGCAGGUGUAUACUCAGCAAAUUUGAGGAAGAAUUACAUCUUAGCCAAUGAUGAAUGGAAAGAUGAUGUAUUGCCUGAAAUUCUGGAUGGUCACAAUGUUUAUGACUUCAUUGAUCCUGAUAUCUUACAGAGACUUGAGGAGUUGGAAGAAGAAGAAGGUAUGCGGCAAGCAGAGGAGGAAAAUGAGGAUUUUAAGAUGGAUGGUGAGGAAUUAACCCCAGAAGAGCAAGCAGCUUUGGCUGAGAUCAGGAAAAAGAAAAGCUUACUCAUUCGAGAGCACAGGAUGAAGAAGAGCACCGCAGAGAGUCGGCCCACUGUACCUAGAAAAUUUGACAAGGACAGGAAGUUCACAACAGAGAGAAUGGGCAGACAGCUUUCAGCUUUGGGGCUGGAUCCCUCUCUGGCAAUUAAUCGUGCCCGGGGCAGGUCACUCUCUAGGAGGGGCCGCAAAAGAGAGAGGUCACUUGACAAAGGAGAUAAUGAUGCUGGUGAUGCUAUGGAUAUGGAUGUUGACCAACAAAAUAAGAAGCUGCGAAUAAGAUCCAGAUCUCGGUCAAGGUCAAAGUCACGGCCACCAGGUGAGGUUGCCCCUGGAGAGGGCUUUAAGGACUCUGCUCAGAAGGUGAAAGCCCUCAAACUUGCUAAGAAAUCUGUUAAAAAGAGGAACAAGGAUGCUCGCCGAGGAGAGGCAGAUAGAGUUAUUCCUAGUCUCAAACCUAAGCACUUAUUUUCUGGGAAGCGUUCCAUUGGGAAAACCCAAAGACGCUGAUUAUUCAAGAUGCUGAUGGAGUAAAGUUGAGUUCUGAGAUUCAUCUCCCUCCUUCCCGUUUCAGCUGCUUGGAGGGUCUGAGACGACAGGUGGGUUGCAGGAGCUCUUCUUGGAUUUGGUUAGGCUUCGUUAGCCUUUCUUUAAUGGUAGCUAGAACCCUUUUGUUGUGUUUCUUUGGUUGUGAUCGUCGCCCACGGAGGAUGGCAAGGUCGGCGCUGCAAGGUGCUUCAGCUGUUAAUUUGUAAAGGAAUGGGAAAUCUUCAUUGGCCUAAGGUUUCAGCUGGCUGGGCUUUAGGCUUGGGUGUAUCUGUUUGGGCCUGCGGUUUGUGGGCUUAAUUAGAGAUCCUUCUUUUAUCAUGCCUUGGGCAGCGUUGCUGGUGAAUAAAAUUGUCAUCUUUGAAAAAUAAUAAUAAUAAUAAUAAUAAUAAUAGUA